AUGGAUUCACAGCAGAAUUCUCCCAGAUGGCAAUCAGGUGCUGCUUUCCCUAAUCAGAUGGAAAACAAUGAAGAGAGAUACACACCCCUUGAUUAUGCUUUGCUUGGUGAGCGCCAUGAAGUGAUCCAGUUCAUGUUGGAGCACGGUGCCCUGUCCAUCGCAGCCAUACAAGACAUCGCCGCCUUCAAAAUCCAAGCUGUCUACAAAGGGUACAAGGUCAGAAAAGCCUUCCAAGACAGGAAAAAUCUCCUCAUGAAGCAUGAACAGUUGAGAAAAGAUGCUGCUGCCAAAAAGCGAGAGGAAGAAAACAAAUGAAAAGAGGCAGAACAGCAAAAAGGAAGGUGGAGCCCAGAUUCCUGCAGAACCCAGGCCCUUCCCUGUCUGCCCAGCACCCAGGAUGUGCCCAGCAGGCAGAGCCGGGCCCCCAGCAAGCAGCCUCCUGCUGGCAACGUGGCCCAAGGCCCUGAGCCAAGAGACAGCAGAGGAUCUCCAGGAGGGUCUCUAGGCAGAGCCCUCCAGAAGGAGCAGCAUGUUUCCUCAGAUUUGCAGGGAACAAACUCCAGAAGGCCAAAUGAAACAGCCAGAGAACAUUCUAAAGGCCAAUCUGCUUGUGUCCACUUCAGACCCAAUGAAGGCAGUGAUGGAAACAGGCAUCCAGGAGUUCCCUCUGUUGAGAAGUCCAGAGGUGAGACAGCUGGCGAUCAGCGGUGUGCAAAGGGGAAAGGCUUCAUGAAGCAGCCCUCCUGUAUCAGGGUGGCUGGGCCUGAUGAGAAAGGAGAGGACUCCAGGCCGGCAGCUGCAAGCCUUCCACCACACGAUAGCCACUGGAAGCCCAACAGGCGGCAUGACACAGAACCCAAGGCCAAAUGUGCCCCCCAGAAAAGGCGCACUCAAGAGCUCAAAGGAGGAAGGUGCUCCCCGGCUGGUUCUAGCCGCCCUGGCAGUGCCCGGGGGGAGGCAGUCCAUGCUGGGCAGAAUCCUCCCCACCAUCGUACACCAAGAAACAAAGUGACACAAGCCAAGCUCACAGGAGGGCUCUAUUCAGAUUUGCCACAGAGCACAGAGGAGCUGAGGUCAGGAGCCAGGAGGCUGGAGACAUCUACCCUGUCCGAGGACUCAGAGCUCCGACUGCAGAUAAUUCAGAGAGAACGAAGGAGGAAAGAGCUGUUUCGCAAAAAGAACAAGGCAGCAGCAGUCAUCCAGCGUGCCUGGCGAAGCUACAAGCUCAGGAAGCACCUGUCCCACCUUCGGCAUAUGAAGCAGCUUGGAGCUGGAGAUGUGGACAGAUGGAGGCAAGAGUGUACAGCAUUGCUUCUCCAGGUUUGGAGAAAGGAACUGGAACUAAAACUCCCCCAAACCACUGCAGUAAACAAGGCCCCCAAGAGUCCAUCCAAGGGCACCUCAGGCACAAAGUCCACCAAGCACUCAGUGCUUAAGCAAAUCUAUGGUUGUUCUCACGAAGGGAAAAUACAUCAUCCUACAAGAUCUAUAAAAGCCUCUUCUGUGCUGCGUCUCAACUCAGUGAGCAACCUACAGUGUAUACAUCUCCUUGAGAACAGUGGAAGAUUGAAGAACUUUUCUUAUAACCUGCAAUCAGCUACUCAGCCAAAAAGCAAAACAAAACCUUGACUGCCUAUGGAGGAAGACUGUGUUCGGGGGAGCUGGCAUAGCUAGUGCAGAGUUCAGAUUUUCUGCUGGUAAUCUUUUACACCUCGGGAAAACUUUAAUUUCUGUACCUGAAGGCUGAUUC